AUUUUGUGCGCAGGAAACUGUACUGGGGCAAAAUACUUCCCUCGGGGAAUAAGUUUUCGCAUAUUUGUUCCGGACGUUAUUGUAAAAAAAUAUUUUUCAAAAUACAGGUAUCUUAUUCUCAUGACUUCUCCACAGAGUCAAUGAGAAUUACAGGAGCGGUAUUUCACAAAUAUUGAACCGGAAACGUUUUGCACGGAUCUUAAAAAUGAGCUAUAACUGUAUGAGGAUCUAUUUACUGUACUACUGCAGUAGUACUACUACUUCCUCUACUACGCAGUAUUUUCAUUUACUUGGCUGUCUGUGUCCUCAGUGACUGUGGUUGCAGUAUACUCCUGCAAUCGGACUGAACAUCCAGGUGAGCCUCCCGUGAACAGCGUGGAAUUACAUUUGAUGGGAUUUUGACACAGUGUUUAAAAAAACAGGUUUUUAUCACAAUACAGGGUCCAGCUGAGGCUGACAGGAGGGGUUAGAGAGGCAGGGGGAGGGGGGAUGCAACCUGAACAAAGUUUCUAUUCUUCUCUCGCAUGUGUGAAUUGAAGGUGAACCAAGCGGGUGGAAAAGUUUUCUUCCACCUUGCACAGAGAAAGAAAUGCAUGAUGUAUCAACUGAGAUCUUGGCUCUUCGCAGAUUUAUUUCCAACCUCCAUGCCACCUAAAAGAGACGCAGGAGCGCCUCUAACACAACCCCAGAUCAAGAUGAUCAAGAUCGGGCCAGACGCGCAGGGGUUCGGCUGUGAGUCAGUGGAGGACAAGUACAGGAUGGCAGAGGAAUCCAGCUACUCACCUUUCCCCAAUAACGAGGUGGGAACAGUUGAUGUUGAAGCAUAAAAAAUAAAGUUGUAGAUGGAAAUUUGUUUUAAUUUUGUUUUUUCUUAUUUUGCAGCAUGAAAACAUCGAUUUUGAUGAAGAGAAUCUUGCAAGUCCAGGCAUCAGGACAGACACUAUCAGCCUCCUCAUGAAAAUAGAACAACUGCAGGCACAACUCAAGUACGAGCGCAGAUGUAGGAUUUUGGCUGAGAGAGAGCUGAGGGAGCUGAAAGGUGGGUGGGAAUAAAGGCCCGUGAUUUUAUUUAUUAGUCUGCUAAAAAAAAAAGAACAGCCAACGCCACACAGAUUUACAGAUAUUGGUGAGUCAUUGUUUUAAAGAGAAAGUAGGUGUCCUUUCACUUUUGUACAGUUGGAGCAGAGCCAGCCCAAACCUCAAUGGGGCCCUAAGCAUAAUUUGUUUUUGGGGCCCUCCAUUUAUGCCAAUAAUAUUGAUUGUUCACAAAUCUCUUCGAUUAACAUUUCAUGACAUGCAAACAUACCUUUAUUUUGGCAUUUUUUCUCUUCUUCCUCUUUCUUUUCUCUGCUCCUGAAGGAUAUCUCCUUUUUUGCGACAUUUUCUUGUGGCACAGACGGCACAUACUGGUAGCGGAACUUUGACAUAUCGGCAGUAAGAGUCAUUGGCCUACAUCAGCAGCAGCACUAAAAUGUUUAUACUUUAUUUUGUUUUUACAAUAAUAUAUAUUUGAUCAUACAGAAGGCAUCACUCAUACAUGCAAAAAAAAAAAAUAUAUAUAUAUAUAUAUAUAUUUCUUGUUUCUCUUGGGGGCCCCCUAUUGAAUGUAUAUAACUUAUGUGUACAAAAAUUAGCGGUUGACUGAUAUCAGACCUCAAUGGCCAAUAUCUGAUGCCAAUAUCACACUAUAGUUUAUUCUUCAAAUACAAAAUACAACAACUGAAUAAAAUAUAACAACUGAAUAUAUGUUUGAUCAUACAGAAAGCAUCACUCAUACAUGCAAAAAAUAAAAAUUAUUAUUAUUAUUAUUAUUAUUAUUUUUAUUUCUCUUGGGGGCCCCCUAUUGGCCACGGGGCCCUAAGCAGGCGCCUAAUUCGCUUAUGCAUUGGGCCGGCUCUGAGUUGGAGGUAGGGCUGGGCGAUAUGAGAAAAAGUUUAUAACAAUGAUUUUUGAUAUGAUAUCAGUUGAUAUCAAUAUAUAUCAUGAUGAUAUCAUUAGUAAAAAUUAGAGUUUUUGUGAGUCUUAAAGUCAGUGGGCAUCAUGUCAACUGAUGAGGCACUAAAAUCCUGGUUUACACAGAGAAGCAUGCCACGUCACAUAUUUUAAGAAUUAAGUUUCAGUCAUGAUGGAAAACAUUUUUUCGUGCUUUCCUUGAGCAUGAGCAUUCCCUAAUUUCUCACAUUAAGAACUAAACCCUUUUUUAAAGACACUUUUGAAGAACACAUUUAAAAGAAAGAAAGAGGCCAGCUGAAAAAGUAGCUCCAAAUUACAUAUAAAGGGAUUUUACUUUUUGAAUUAGAGUUUAAAAUCUGUACAAUGUAUGGAUUUACUUAAAAGUAGACAGAAAAUUUGAGUUUUCAAAAGUAAAAAGGGGUUGUACUAAAAUUCAGACAAUGCCCUGGAAUUAUUCUGUAUACACACCAUUUAAAAACUACAAUAACCAAGUGUACCUGCUUGUAUUUUGGAUUUUUUCCAGAGAUGAACACUCUCAUGAUGCAGAUGAGGCACACGGCGCAUGAACUUCGAGUCACUCUGGAUCACGUCCUCCAAGGAGGCGAGGCUGCAGUCGCACCACCAAACUCUCAGGAUGAAACUAUGUCUUUCCUGGCUGAGCCUGAGGUAGAGAUGACAGCAGUUCAUAACAUUCCCGAGGUCAGUGCUCAUAAACCCCGGGUCAUCCUAUACGAGCAAAAGUUUCAGAACUUUCUUGAUUAUUUUCUGUUAUUGCAGGAAAAUAAGUUUGUCUGUUUUCGGUCCAGCAAUUACUUUUAUAGAAGUGUUGAUGUCAAAGCUGAAAGUGAAACAUUUUGUUUUUUUGCCCUCAGGAUGAUCAUAACUUCCUGUAUCUUGCUGAGAACCUACGAGUGCCAAAAAAUCUGUAUGAGCGCAUUGCAGAGAUCGGAGACUACAAGAAGUACACGUCAGCGUUACUGAUGAUACUUUUCGAUAGAGAGACGUUGGCCACACACUCUCUGCAGGGCCGCAGGAACACCUUCACUGGAGAAGACAGCCACAAGCCUCAGCUUCCACCAGAGAUCCUCAGGAGUAUAAUCGGUGAGACUAACAACAAACUACCCAGACCUUCUCUGCAGGUUAUCUUGUGUAUUAAUUUGAUCAUGAAGAUUGAGUUUUAUUGUCAUUUUUUCUCUUUAGAUCAUGUGGCGGUCAAGUUCGGUGUAGACGGCAGCCAAAUCAAAACCGCAAUCCGCACAAAGUUGAACAAUGAGGACAAACUGUUGAAGAAGAGACUGGGUUUGGGCAAAGUAGAGCACAAAGCUGUUAAUGAUCAAAGCCUUUGCCAAGACACUUCACUCCUGCCUGAAAACGGAGCCAUGAGAAGUGGUUCUCAGUUAUAGCCUUUUUGAGUCUGCCUUCAUCUGCUGGUCACCACGUUUUCUCUGACAAUGACAGGUUGCCUUUUUUUUAUUCAUCCACGAAUCAUUGUUCCAGUUUUUAAACCUAGUGCUAGAAGCUAGUACUUUUUUUCACACUUUUUGAUAAAUUCUCCAUUUUUAUUUUGACAGCUGUCAUUGUCAGUUUGUCUGUUAGGAAAAAAAAUAGUGGCCAGUACUUCAAAAUGCACUAUUUAAUGUCACGUGUAACCAUGAGUGAUAUAUUCAACCAAGUGUCUUAUCUAGUUUGAGGUAGUAGGUGUCUAGUUUGUUAAAUAUUCACUCUGGGUUAAAUUUUAGAGCUGAAGGCCUUUAGUGUGUUUCGAGUUUUAGGGGCGUAGUUGAUGACUACUUUUGCAUAACACCAUGAUACUGUGUCUUUAGAGUAGUAUUUCUGCGGUUACAAAAUAUACUGUGAGUGAUAAUCAAUCUUCCUGUUACAAUAAUAAUUAUGUCACAUCUCUGUUUGUAUUUAACUGUGUAAGAGCCAAUAAACUUUUGGAACUCAUUUA